CGUACUAAGGCUGGGGUUGGGUCGGGAGUCGGAGCCAUUACUGCCGGAAAAGGUCCCGCAGAGCUUCGCAGCCAAGAUGUGUGACUUCACCGAGGACCAAACCGCAGAAUUCAAGGAGGCUUUCCAGCUGUUUGACCGAACCGGCGAUGGCAAGAUCUUGUACAGCCAGUGUGGGGAUGUGAUGCGGGCCCUGGGCCAGAACCCUACCAACGCCGAGGUGCUCAAGGUCCUGGGGAACCCCAAGAGUGAUGAGAUGAAUGUGAAGGUGCUGGACUUUGAGCACUUCCUGCCCAUGCUGCAGACCGUGGCCAAGAACAAGGACCAGGGAACCUACGAAGAUUAUGUUGAAGGCCUUCGUGUGUUUGACAAGGAAGGAAAUGGGACUGUCAUGGGUGCUGAAAUCCGUCAUGUCCUAGUCACACUGGGCGAGAAGAUGACAGAGGAAGAAGUAGAGAUGCUAGUGGCGGGGCAUGAGGACAGCAAUGGUUGCAUCAACUAUGAAGAGCUUGUCCGGAUGGUGCUCAAUGGCUGAGGACACUGUACCCGAGCCAGCCGAGCCUGUUCCUUGCCCAGUGUGAGGUUUCUGUGUGGCCCCAGAGGCUCCCCUAUCGCAGCACCUUGCCCAUCUGGUUUCUUUUGGAUGAUGUUUGUCUUCACCAAAUAAAAUUUGCUCUCUUUGCCCUC